ACUGUCUUGUGGGUCAGUCAAGAAGCACUUGCAGUCUGCGCCUGUUUGCUGAGAGUUCUCAUGGAGCGUUUUGGGUUUACCCUUCUUUUAGGGGUCAUGCUUUCUGGGCUCUGCCGACAAUCUGCUCUGGCUUUAACUGCCUUGCAGUACCCGCAGUAUCCCUCUCUUCUGAGACCCCGGCCUCAGCAGAGCCUCUUGCCCUCCGUGGAGCAGCAGGAGCCAGAGCCGGUCAACACGGUCGCCGUCAUCUGCCACCCUGACUCCCUGGAGGUGGUGAUCACAGCUGACAUGUUUGCAGUCGGCUCUCCGGUGGACAGUCGGGAGCUGCGUCUUGGCGUGGAGGACAACGAGUUCUGCAGGGCUACGGCUACUUCUGCUGAGGAGUACAGGAUUGUUGUUGGGCUGGAUAGCUGUGGCACUAAACACUGGAUGACGAAGGACUCCCUGGUCUACACAAACCUCCUAAUGUACUCUCCUCUGGCCUCCCCCAGUGGGGUAGUUCACAUGGAUGAUGCAGUAAUCCCAGUUGAAUGCCAUUAUGAAAGGAAGUAUGGCGUAUCCAGCUCUUCACUAAUGCCAACUUGGAUUCCCUUCGUCUCUACCCAAUCUGGAGUGGAAAUGUUGCAGUUUAGCUUGAAGCUAAUGACCAAUGACUGGAUGUAUGAAAGGGGUGCCAACGUGUUUUAUAUUGGUGAACCCAUCAACCUCGAGGCCUCUGUGAGGGUUGGGCACCACGUGGGUCUCAGGGUGUUUCUGAGCAGUUGUGUGGCCACACUUCAACCAGCUAUAAACUCUGAUCCCAAAUAUCUCUUCAUUGAAAAUGGGUGCUUGACUGACUCCCAGCUUCCAGACUCGAAGGCUCAAUUCUUCCCCAGAAUGAGGGAUGACAAACUGCAGUUGACCAUAAACGCCUUCAAGUUCCACAAUGAUGAUCGGAGACAGCUCUACAUCACAUGUCACCUGACUGCUGUGCCAGUGAAUGAUGCUGAAGCUCCAAACAAAGCCUGUACUUUUAUGAAUGGAAGAUGGAAAUCAGCUGAUGGCAAUGACUACUUGUGUGGUUAUUGUAAAGCCCAAAACCAAGUGUAUGGGAAGUCUGCCAUUCCUGGGGUAGUCGGUCCCCGUGGCUUUGGAAAGGUUGCUCCUGCUGACUCCAUGUGGAGGAGUGGACUGAAGCCCAGUCAUGCUGCAUGGGAACAUGAGGCCACAGUGGGGCCACUGACUAUUUUGCCAUCCAGUAAAAGUGGAUUUCUACCUUUUGAGGAACUCCCUAGUGUUCUCCAAAAACUCUACAGACCUGCGCUGUACGGCAGCCACUGGAGAAGUGGAAUCCAAAAAACUAAUCUGGACAAAGGACUGUUUCACGUGCACUCUACCUCUGAACUGGAUGCUGAAAAUGAAACCGAUCUGAAAGAUGAUUUGGAUGAAGCUGGACUUUACACUGAGGCUACUAAGUUCAACCUGAAGUCUUUGGAUGUGCCACUGGACAAGAACGCCACAGACUUCCUUUACAGCGGCACCCCUCUUAGGAUGGAGGAGCCUACAGCAAAGAAUGCAACGACUACUGAAACUGACCUUUCUGAUCUAGUUGAACCAAAGAAAUAAAACAUUUUUUGAUCAA